CUCAAAAACAGCAGAACAAGUGGUAGGAUCAUACUGGAGUGCAGACGGGAUGUGGAGGCUGCCAGAGAUGGGGAGAGAAUAAAGAGCCAAGCAAGCAGUUGCGCUCUAGCUCCAGCAGAGGAUGGGAGCAGAGAAUCAUUAUAAUCUUUAAAAAGAACGAGAAGUACUUGUGGCACCUUAGAGACUAACACAUUUAUUUAUAAUCUUUAUAAAUCCCAAAACGGAUUGUUCGAACCAGUUCUUCCAAAGAAAUAUGAGAAGCAGCUGAAACCGACAAAAGAUCAUUGAAAGGAAGGAAAUGCAACAUGAGAGGUAAAGCUAAUGAAGGUUAAUUCAAGAACUUUUCUGGGAACUGUGACGAAUCACGAGCCCAGUGUAUUAUUUCCCUUAAACAAUAGCUACAGAUUCCUGUCAAAGGCUUCGGGGCAGACUUCAGAUAGGCACACCCUGAGUCGGUGAAUUCAGCUGUCAGGAAUGGAGGUGCUACGCCGUUCCUCGGUCUUUGCUGCGGAGGUGAUGGAGGUUUUUGAUCGGUCUCCCACCGACAAGGAGCUGGUGUCCCAGGCUAAGGUGCUCUGCAGAGACUACAUACAUUCCCGGCUGCUUCGGGCUGGCAUUGGCUGGAGCAAACCAGAGCACAGUGCACCCAUACCUGGCGGCAGACUGGCUGAGGUGUCCAGUGUGCUUCUGCGACUAGGAGACGAGCUAGAAUACAUCCGACCAAACAUUUACCGGAAUAUCGCCCGCCAGCUGAACAUCUCACUGCACUCCGAGACUGUGGUGACUGAUGCCUUCUUGGCAGUAGCGGCCCAGAUCUUCACGGCAGGCAUAACGUGGGGCAAGGUCGUGUCUCUCUAUGCUGUGGCCGCUGGGCUGGCUGUGGACUGCGUCAGACAGGCCCAGCCAGCAAUGGUGCAUGCCAUCGUGGACUGCCUGGGAGAGUUUGUCCGCAAGACCUUGGUGACGUGGCUGAAGAGGAGAGGAGGCUGGGCAGACAUCACAAAAUGUGUGGUGAAUACUGAUCCCAGCCUUCGCUCCCAUUGGCUCGUGGCUGCCAUUUGUAGCUUUGGUCACUUCCUGAAGGCCAUCUUCUUUGUGCUGUUACCAGAGAGAUGAUUCCAGUCACCAAAUGCGGCCCCAAGCCCCAGAUCCUCUCCCACCCAGAAGCAACAGUAACCAUAGACCUGUUUGAUGCUGAAGAGGAGGAAGAGAAGAGAGGCUGGGACCAACAGAAACAUUUCUCUCCUCUCCCUUCAGCAGGGAGCAGCUACCCAACUGUAAACUUCCUUUCCUCUGUGACAGGAGGCUUCUCUCACACUCAGAGUGAACCUUUGCAGCCCUUGUUCUCCUUGGUGACGUCUACAUGGCCAGGUCAAAGCCCAUCCCAGGGCAGACUGAUGGGCUAAUCUCUUAUUUGUGUGUGGUGUGGAUAUUCAUACGUGUAUUUAUUUUCUGGUCAUGUCACACACUUGUACUUCUGUAUCAGGGAAACUGGGGGGACAUGGAGAUUGUAUCAGAGGAAAAAAAAUGUGUCCCUCACUUGAAAGAUGGAUUGUCCCUUUAAUUCCCAUAGUCCUCUUUGUUAGGCUCUUCUCAGUAUAUCAGUGGCUAACGCAGUCUUCACCUCUGUACCAAGCCUGAUCAUUGUGCCCUUGUGCAUGGUACAUUGUGGUUGUGGGGAUACCUUUGUAGGCUGUGAAGUGGUGGAUUAUUGACUGAGCUGCCCUCUUCAGCUGAUGCCCCUGCUAAAGUAAUUUACAAACAGUUGUGACUUUGGGAGUGUAAGGGCUACCAGAACAACUCAAUCUGGGGGAUACGGCAUGCUUUAACUGACCAACUUGCUGUAUUGUAACAAAGAAUUGCAAAGGGGACAGCAGGGGCAGAGACUGUUUAGAAAUCAGUCAGUGUGAUUUACACAGCUGAACAAAAUGAUGGGAGCAAAGCAUCACUUCUCACAUGACAGCUUUGUUUGAGCAUUAUAAUGAGGAUGAUUUUUUUCUCUAGAAGGAGAUUCAGAUGGAGCCAAAGAACAAGAGCAUAUAAGUACAAUGUGGGGUGGGGGGAAUGUGGAGAAAAGUCAUUUGAGCAGCAUGUUGUGAAUGGGAAAAACUGUAUCAAGAGUGACAAAUGUUUCUCCUUUAGCAAAUUAUAAAGUCUGACUUGCAAUUUUAUCUUGUGAUAGACAAUAAAAAUAGAUGGAG